AUGGCCCUGAAAAAGAAGCGCGAGAAGGCCAAGCAGGCAGAGCUGCUGCAGGCCGCCGGGAUUGACUCAGAAGAAGGAACCUCGAGCUGGGAUGAGAACGACCCUGACGGACCACGAGCUAUAACAACCGAUGAACCUGCUGUUGCUGGACCCGUAGAAAGGGCUACUUUCUACCCCCAACCAUCCCGCCGGUCAAAGCACGACGAAUUGCUUGAAGCUGCUGGACUUGAAACAAGACACCAAGGCUACGACCCCAACGUUCCCGACGAACCCCGAGCCAUUACCACCGAUGAGCCCGACGAUACACCGCGUGCGGUACCCACGGCUGAUGGCUACGUCCCGGCACACCGGUCAGGCAAGAAGGCGGAAGAAGUCGUCGAAAACCCCGCGGGCACCGAGUCCGGGGACAUCGAUGAGUGGGUGCAGCGCGUCCUGAAGGCGCUAGAGGAAGACGCCAAGCCCAAGAGUGCCCUGGAGGUGUGGGCGCGGAAGGUGUGGCGGGCCAUGAAGAAGGACAAGGUGCCGAAGCCCACACAAGUCGAACUGGAGGAGGCUCUGGAGCCGGCGGUUUCCAACGGCAUGGCGACCGAGAUGUACGAGGAUAUCAACGAGAUCGUCCAGGCCGCGGCCGUCCGGUUCGCCGCUGUCCCAUCCGUGGCGAAGCAGAAGGUCGGCUUCUACCAGGUCGAAGACGAGUUCAAGAAAUUGCUCAAGCUGCGCGACAAGCUCGCCGAGGUCUGUCGGGCCAGCGACGAAGAGUAUCUGGCGGAGAAUGGAGAAGCAGCAGGUGCAGCAGGCACCAAGAAGAAGUCGAAAAAGCCGAAGCCAGCACCCCCCUUCGCAAAGAAACCCGAGGGUCUGGAAGACAUCCAUGUGACGAUGGCGAAUGGGCGCGUCGCGCGCGCCAGCGACGACUGGCUCGCCGCCAUUUUGCAUUAUGUGCAGGAAUUGAUCCGCACCGAGGAGAAGUUUCGGAUUUACCACGCCUACUUCAUGGGGAAGCUCAACACGCUCGACAAGUUCCAGAGAUGGCAGACGCAGCAUCGGAUUCUUUCGUAUCUGCUUGCGAGGUCGGUGAAUAUGUUCGCUUGGGGCUUGAUUCCGAAACCGCCGCUGCCUUGA